CGCCGGAAGUAGAUCUAUCCAACGGCCGUCCAGAAGUUUUUAACACAAACAGAGGAGAUCCAGGAUGUUUUACUGCAGCGGCGGCGGUUCCGACCCACUCAGCAUGUCUAAGAGCGGCAUCCUGAGAGGAAUCAUCACCGAGAAGCUGAGCACCGCCGCCCGGGAGAUCAUAGCGGUGGUGGAGCGGACCGUGGCCGACUAUGAGAAGGAGGCGUCGGGCUUCAGACGGGAGAUCGACCGCCAGAGGAGGCAGCUGGAGCUGCUGCAGCCGCAGGUCAGGCUGACCAGAGGAGCCAACGCGGGGCUCCAGGAUCUGCGGAGCCAGGAGCUGGUGGUGGUAGGUGAGGAGCAGCGGCAGCAUCCAGAUGGGAGGGACUCCGGGAGCCUGGACUUCCUGUGGUACGGUGAUGAUGACCAUGAUGAAGACAUUCAACCCGUGGUUCCGGUGACUCCGCGGUCCAGACCGAAACGGGAGGAUCUGACGGACCCAGACUAUGAGAUAUCACCAAGGUCAUUUCCAUCCCGAGUCCGACCUGAGAAGAGGAGAGCCAGUAAACCUCUGAGCUCCCUGACCCACCUGGACUUCCGGGUCCGGGUUCUGGACAACCCUGAGACCGAGGUGCUCUCCAACAUCGUGUUUCAGAAGAAUCCCAUUCAAAACUUCAGCUGUCCUCGGGAUCUGCAGGAGUCGGACUUCCUGGACCUGCUGCGCUCCUCCGUCCCUCAGCUGGCUGCAGGAGAACCGUUCGACCUGUUCAUAACCGAUACCAGCAGGAAGCUGCAUCCGCUGAGGGUCAGCGCUCUGACCCCGGAGGAGAUCUACAGGACCAUCAGAACCAGCGGGAACUCGGCCCUCUACGUCCGCCUGAAGACAGCAGUCAAUCCUCAGAGCAGCAGUGAUGUUCUUCAUCAGCUGGAUGAAGAGUUGAGCGUCGGCUCUGCCACACCAUCCAGUGAUCAAACCGAGGAGAACCUGAGGUUGUCGUCUCCCGUCGAUCAGCCUCAGAGGAGGCGGCGGGGCCGACCGCGCGCCGGAGAGGCACCGGCUCACCACUUCCUCAGAGUCUGUGUGUUGGAGGACAACCAGUCAGACGCUCCCACAGAAACUGAGCUGCAGACGUCGUCGGUGCAGGAUCUGAAAUGUCCUCGAAGGAUGCAGGAGGCCGAGUUCUUGGACCUGCUGAGACUCACCUUCCCUCAGCUGGUCGGAGACGACAAAAAGAUCAACAUGUACAAGUCCGACCGCAGCAGGAAGCUGCAGAAGCUCAAAAUGAACAACCUGACGCCGGAGGAGAUCUACAGGAGCAUGAGGUCCACCGGGUCCAAGAAGUCCGUCCUCUACGUCAAACUGAAGACAGGAAAAGGCGAUGAAAGCAAAAACGAGGAGCAGAACCUUCAGCUGGUGAAGGACGAGCCUCAGCCCACUGACUGUGUGGUUCUGGAGGACGAAACCGCUCCGCUUCAAAGCCCUGAGGAUCUGGACCGUAGCAGAGCGCAUGCAGCUGCGAGCGACGCUGGUUCUGGAGGGGAAAACGAGGCGCUGCGAGACGACGAUGAGUGGGAACCAAACGCCGAAGAUCUGGAGGAAGGUGAUGAUCCACAGCCAGAAAGGACCUACAAAGGCCCCAGGCGAUUCAUGGAGAACGGCAGGGAGAGCAAGGUGGUGUGCCAGGUGUGCGGCGUGUGGUACCGGACAAUAUCGGGUUUGACCAGACACGCCUGGGCGCACAUUGGAGACCCAAAGAGCAUCUGCGGGGUGUGUGGAGAGACCUUUAAUUCUGCAGAAGACAUGAAGGUACAUUUUGAAGUUCACCAAAAGAUCCAUGACUGUUCAUACUGCGGGAAGGGGUUCUUCACCGCUUCGGGCCUGAAGAACCACGUCUCCCUGCACACGGGAGAGCGGCAGUUCAAAUGCAGCCACUGCAGCAAAACCUUCGCUGUCCAGUCCGCCCUGAACGUCCACCUCUGGAUCCACGUGGAAGACCGGCCACACAAGUGUGACUUGUGUCCAAAGACGUUUGGACUGAGAGGCCAGCUCACGGCUCACAAGAAGAGUCACGUGAGUCGGGACCGGUACCUCUGUAACAUCUGCGGCCGCUCCGUCAGCGACCUCAGGUCUCUGACUCGCCACAAGUUGACGCACUCAAACGAGCGCCACUACGGCUGCAAAGUCUGCGGGAAGCGCUUCAAGCUGGAGCACACCCUGAAGGAGCACAUGAAGGUCCACACCACCAGGGACCGGAUGUUCCUGUGUCACAUCUGCUGCAAGACCUUCCUGUCCAACAACGCCCUGACGGGCCACAUGAAGACCCACAGCGGCGAGCGGCCGUUCGGCUGCAUCGUCUGCAGCAAGAGCUUCUUCAACAAGUAUGACCUCCAGAAACACAUGCGGGUUCACACCGGGGAGACACCGUACGGCUGCUCCCACUGCGGCCGCCACUUCAAACUGAAGAGUACCCUGAACGUCCACAUCCAGAGCCACCUGGGCAUCAAGCGGUACAGCUGCGGCGUGUGUGGCAAAGCGUGUUCUCGACAGGAGCACCUGAACGUCCACAUGAGGACCCACAACGGAGAGAGACCCUACAGAUGUUCCUUCUGUGACAAAGCCUUCACCCAGAGCCACUGCCUGAAAACUCACAUGAAGAGCUUCCAUCCUGAGCACGUCGUCUUCCAAGAACCGUCGACUUCCUUCAUCCAGCCACUGGUCACUGAAGGAAAAACCGAAUCAAUGACCGAUGGAACGUCUGAAGGAUCGGCCGAGUUAACGACCGACAGACUCUAAGGUUUUUAUCUUUGCUAGCUUGGUUUGUUUGUGCCAAUGCUGUAAAUCUAGAAAACAAGCAUCUUAGCAGCUUUAUUUGCAUAGUUGACUUCUUAAUCUUGUUGAAACUGUUGUUAGUCGUCCUCUGGUUAGUGUUGCAGAAAGAGUCAGGUCAAAGGUCGUGGUCGGGCAAAAAUCAAAAUAUCGUGAGAAAAGAAGUAUCCAAUUUAAAUAUCAAAAUCCACAAUAAUAAUCUUUUUUUUGGUUUUCUUUUGCUUUAGUUUAACUGUGACUGUUUAAACAGAAAACAUUCCAACGUUUCAUUUUAUAUCACAUUUACUGAGGUUAACGGUUUAACUCAGCAAAAUGUCCUCACGGUUCAUGAAGGGCAAUAAAAAAAUGGUUUCCUAUCAGAAUCUGGUGAUUUUUUUUUUCUUUAUUAGCUAAAAGUGGCUAAUUUGCACUAGCAUCAACACUCGUCGGUGUGGAAGUUGUUGGAGGAAAACCCAACCAAAGGACUCUAAGGCUUUUAUCUUUGCUAGCUUAGUUUGUAGCCAAUACUGUGUCCUGUAUAUCUAGAAAACAAGCAUUGUAGCAGUUUAAUCUACAUAAUUGAUUUCUUAAUUUGUUGAAACUGCUUUUUAGCGUUGCAAAGAAAACAUCAGGUUAAAGGUCGUGGUACAACCUGAACGGGUUAAAGUCCGAACAGCAUCGUUAUAAAAGAAGAAACGGAUCUAAACAUCAAAAACUACAAUGUUGAUCUUUUGCCUGGUUUUCUAUUGCUUUAGUUUUACUGGGACCAUUUUUGUGUUGACAAAAGAAACAGAAAACAUUCCAGUUGUAUCAUUUUGUUUCAUUUUUAUUGAGGUUCACCGUUUCUAUAUGAAAAUGGGCAACGACAAAAUGGUUCCUCACCAGAUUCAGGAGAUUCUUGUAGCUUAAAGUGGCUAAUCUAUACUAGCAUCAACACUCUUUGGUGUGGAAGUUAUGGGGAAGAGAUGACCGUUAUUAUAGAGAGUAUAACUUCAGCAGAUAACAAGAAGGCUGAGCAGGGUAGAGCAAGAUUUAUUUCAAUCAAUUAAAAUACAUUUGGAAAUGUUGACAGUCUUAUGGAAGAUAGAUUACCAUUUAGUCACUAAUGCUAACUGCGCCAGUUAUGCUAAAGGCUAAUUUGUUAAAAAUAUCACUUCUUUCUUUUAAAUACUAAUAAACUCCUGUUUUACUGCAGAAUGACUCUUCUUUCACCCAGUGUGACGUCUCCUCUGCUGCCGUUGGAAACAUGACAGAAAGGCUGUUAGCUAAAUUAGUGAUUUAGCUAACAGCUAAUCUAAUGCUAAAUGCUAACUCAGACCAGUUUCAAUCCCUUCCCACCACGUUUUGUGUUUUUGUACAACUUCUGAAGAACCAAGACAAUAAAAAUCACAGCAGAAGAAAAAACAUUGAAUCCAAGAGCAGAAAGAAGAAAAUAUUUGGUUUAAAUUCGGUUUUCUGUCAGGAAUUAUUUCAUGGAGCAAAUGGGAUGAAAACGGUUUUACUGUUAGCAGAUUUUCAGGCUGUUUCUGAGAAAUAAUUGUUUCAUUUUGCUUUAAGCUUUUCACUGUAAAGAAAAUACAUUGAAUUAAUUCAUGGUUAUCAAUAAUCUUCUGUUCUGAACUGUCCUGUGUGUGAAAGCAAGAAAAAAACUGAACUGGACCAGAAACCGGGUCAGAGUUCACACGGUGACAUUUUUGGGGAAACUAACCGGUUUUCUCUGGUUUUGUUUUCUGUUGCUUCGUGACUCGUGUAAACGCUGAAACCGGAUCUUAUGUUCAGUUCUGUCCUGUUUUUGUAUCGACCCGUUUCAAUAAAACACUGAGCUUCUCGAA